AUGUCUUUAUAUAUUUACAAUUCUAUAACCACAAUAGCAUUUACAAAAAUUACAAAAAUCAAAUCUUUAAAAUAUAAUCGGUCUAGUCUUAAUAUCAAAAAAAAGAAAAAGAAAAAGCUGUCUAUGAGUAACCCUCAAUUGGCUGAGUGGGCAAAGGAAACCUUUGGUUUUCAGAAAGCUCUUAAUGUUUCUACAAUCUCAAAGAUUUUGAAGAGAGGAGAUCAGGGCUUGAUAAUGCAAGCCAACCAAAUCGAAGAAGCAGUGAUUCUUUUGAUCAAAAUUGCUGAAAAUAAUCAGAUCCCCAUUACUUGGGAAUUGAUUAAGACGAAAGCUACUAUUUUUGCUAAAAGAAUAGGCGUUAAAGAUUUUAAUGCUUCUCAAGGCUGA